AUGAACUUGUUAUGGUUCGUGGUUCACCUUUUGGGGAUUUUGAUAAAACUAAGGAGUAGAAUCAUUCAAACUCAUGUGGAGUUGGAAAUUGGUUCAGAUGAACAAUCAGAGAUUGCUGAACAGUCUAUUAUAGAUCAGUCCAGUUCGGAGUUGACAGACAGUAAUAUCUUGCCUACUUUUCCUACACCACCAAUACCACGGUAUUCUAUAGCUAAGGAUAGACCUUUCAGACAAAUUAGACCUCCACAAAAGUAUGGUGAAGCAGAUUUGGUAGCUUAUGCAUUGAGUGUGGCUGAAGAUAUUGAUUCCACUAACGAGCCUGCUAUAUAUUCAGAGGCAAUCAUUUGCAGUAAUUCUUACAGAUGGAUGAUUGCUAUGCAGAAGGAAAUGGAGUCAUUGAACAAAAAUAACACUUGA